AUGUAUUAUGCAGAUGAAUUAAAUCGAGUAUUUGUAUCGCUUCGUCAAGCUUGUUGCCGUGAUAAUGGCCAACUGGGGACGCCGUGUAGGCUGAAGAUGAUGGAGAUUGUCGAACUACGGGCAAUGGGAUGGAGACCCAACUUGGCACACAGUCAGUACUAUCUGAACCGACUUGAACAGCAGUCAACUAAAAAAAAAUAA